AUGCUUUAUGAGAACAUGUAUCGUAUCGCAUCAUCCUCCAUAGCUAAAAUGAAGACCGCUGUGUUUCUUGUUGGUUUGCUCUUCUUGGGACUCGUCUUCGCUGAUGAGGCCGCAAUCGAUUCUGAGUUUGACCAGAGCAUUGACAAACGAGGAUGCAUUGCAACUGGUAGCUUCUGUACGCUCAGCAAGGGAUGCUGCACCAAGAACUGUGGAUGGAACUUCAAAUGCAACCCACCAAACCAGAAGUAGAGUCUGACGUAUGGAACUUUGACUCCGACUAAAAUGUAUACUUGAAAUGUUGAAAUAAAUGCAUUAAAUAGA